UCAUUCUGGUUUGAGGGAGUGUCACUCAAUUUGUCUGCACCGAGCUGAGAGCAGGGACGAGCUGCUGAGCCACAAAAUCCAAAGAAAAAAAUGGCUGUUAAUAAAUGCCUCAAGUAUCUUCUCUUCUUCUUCAACCUUCUCUUCUGGUUGAGCGGCUGCAUCAUCCUGGGCGUCUCCAUUUACCUGAAAGUCAACAAAGAGAACAACUCGAUCACAAAUGAAUCGAUACCGGGCAUCGACCUGUUGAUUGCCAUUGGGGUUAUCAUCAUGGUCAUUGGCUUCCUGGGCUGCUGCGGCGCCAUCAAAGAAAACCGCUGCAUGCUCCUACUGUUCUUCAUCAGCCUUCUUGUCAUCUUCAUCCUUCUGGUGGCGGCAGGCAUCCUUGGAGCAGUCAGUGAGAAUAAGGUGCAGGAUUGGGUGAAGGAGCGCAUUGAAAAGUACCUACCUUUGUCCAACCAGCCGGAAAAUGUGAAGCAGGACCUUGAGAAACUGCAGAGGGAGCUCAAGUGUUGUGGACUUGUAAAUGGACCAUCAGACUGGACCAAGGUUCCUGAGUCCUGCCGCUGCAAUGCCACCGACACAGAGUGCAAGCCUGGAACUAUCUUUGACACUCCAUGCUCCACCAAAAUCAUCGAGUUGAUGGAGAAACACAUGGAAGUUGUCAUCGGAAUUGCCUUUGCUAUCGCCAUCCUGAUGAUUGCUGGCAUGGUCUUUGCCAUGGUUCUGUACUGUCAGAUUGGCAGAAAGGACACUGGAAACACUGCUUGAACGCCUAUGUCACCACGUCUCCUCGCUGCCUGGCAACAGUCAAUAAGCUGUGACUGCUACGGGUACCACUGUAACAACACAUGGAUUUUUAUACGGGAUAAACUUCUGCUUCGUUUGUCAAUUUCUUCCCCAUAUGUGACUUGUUAUUAAAAGCACUGUGCUAUUGCUGAAUGAAGAUCGCUGCAAAUAAUUAUCAAAACUGUGUAAUGGAAUCUGUUUUGUGGACAAUGAUGGAGAACGGUUUUAAUGCUAAUUUAAUUUGAUCAAGACGCAGAAGUAGUUUUUACACUCAGACAGAUGAAGUUGAUUAUCUGGAGCAAUACUGAAGUGCUAUUAUUAACGCUGCAGCUUUGAGGACACUAUUUGCUGUUGAAAUCCCUGAAGAAUCCAAAUAAAAAAAGUCAAAUGUAAAGUGAAAUCUGCAAAUAAAAUGUUUAAAA